CGCAUACAGAAUGAGCUGAUUUCAUUCUGUCAUAUUUCGCGAUCAGCUGACUGACAAUAGUUAAUUUUCGUGAUGAGUCCCAUCAUGCCAUAAACACGGAUAUCGUCAUGGUCAACCAGCAGCCAGGACAGAGUGAGGUCGUCAAGUGCGUUGUCGUUGGUGACUCAGGAGUUGGCAAGACAUGUUUGAUCUGUGCCUGGGCCUGCGGAGCUAAAUAUGACCUUCAUCAGCUUGUUAAAACUCAUGUAGCCACUGUCUGGGCGAUCGACCACUACCGACAUGAUCGAGAGGUGCUGGAGCGAUCAUGGUGUGAGGUGGACGGUGUCCGCGUCUCGCUGCGGCUCUGGGACACUUUCGGAUACCAUGAUAAAGACAGAGGUUUCGCCUACAGGGGGGCGGAUGUUGUCAUCCUCUGCUUCAGUGUUAUGCGCCCCAACUCCCUGAGGAACAUCAAGAAGUACUGGUACCCUGAUGUACGGCGCUUCUGCCCCACAACACCCAUCAUUCUGGCAGGGACACAGGCAGACCUCCGCUACAUGUACAAAGAUGAGAACUACAUCAACAUGGAGAAAGGCCUACUGUAUAGACCUAUUGAAGAGAAAGACCUGAUCACCUCAGAGGUUGGGCGUGAUACUGCCAAAGACAUUGGUGCUCCAUACUAUGAGACGAGUGUCCUAACCCAUCAUGGUGUUGAGGACGUCUUCAUCAACACUGUUAGAGCUGCCAUGAUUGAACGACGAAAACUCAAAUUUUGGAAUGCUCAACUCCGCCGAGUCCAACGCCCCUUAAUUCAACCUCCAAUGAAGGUCCCGAAACCACUGCUGCCAAAAAUAGCUGUCCCCCCAACGUUGUUGACUGAUAUCUCUCAGCUGCUGUACAAUCAAAACGAAGGAGAUGCUGUCUUCUUGGUUCAGGACCGGUGUAUACGUGCUCACAAGAUCUGUCUUAUGGUGUCCUCUCCGUUAUUUGAGGAACUUUUUACCUUGGACGCCCCUGUUUUAGUCCCCCCCGAACAGAAGCAGCCACAGCUGCAACUGAUGAGAAGCGAGUUUUCAGGGGAACAGAAUCACAAUGAUGAAGAGAAGCUGCUGGAGAGUGAUCAGGAGUCUGUCAGCAUGGAUGGAGACUCUAUUCGUCGAUCAGUUGGUUACGAAAACACAAUCACCACACCAGAUGCCAGUAAUGGAAAUUUCCAAAAGUUAAUGUCGAUGUCUCAUCCCUCGAUUCAGUGUGCGGAAGUAAAGCUAGUUGAAGACCCCUUUCAUCCUAGUCAGUUGAUGGUGCAGACUUUUGUUACAAUGAGCCGUGAGAUUACACCAAGAGCAUUCCAGCAUGUCCUUGAGUACUUAUACACGGGACAGGCUUGGGAGGACUAUGAUGUCCUCAAUGAGGUUAAGCGAGCUGCUGAACUGAUGAAGCUGAAAGACUUAAUUAUCAUUUUAUCCAAUAUGUUGUCAGGGGAACGCUUUCUCAAUGCUGAUAUUCAGAGACAUUUUCAGGAAGCACGCUGCUCCAAGUUGAGGGAACUGGCUCUUGAGAAAGAGGUGUUAUCAGAUAUUGCCUUCAAGGUUGAUAAUGGCAUUGUGGCGGCCCACAAGCCCCUGUUGAUGGCUCGCUGUGAGAUGAUGUACGCCAUGUUCAGCAGUGACUUCAUCGAGUCCUCAGCAAAAGUGGUAACCUUUCCUGGCAUCACCAAGGACACCUUCAAGGCUCUGCGUGAAUACCUGUACACAGGGCAGCAGCCAGACAUGACGGGGGUGGACUGUAUCUCCCUCAUAGAGGUCGCCAACCGACUCUGUCUGCCUAGGCUGGUGUGUCUCACUGAGAACUUCAUCGUGCAGGAGCUGCAGAAAGCAGAGAAGGAUGAGGAGGAUAUUCUGGAGGAGGUCUUGCUUAUCCUGGAACCUGCACAGCUUCACAAUGCCUCACAGCUGGCCAAGUGGUGCCUCAACUUCUUAGUGUGCCAUCACAACGAGCUGCACCACAAGUACCACAAGAUGCUCAGGUCUCUCGAGAAGGACAAUCAGGAACACAUUGAGAAGCACAGGUGGCCUCCAAUAUGGUAUCUGAAGGAGCUGGAACACUAUGACAAGAUCAUGCACAACUCUUCCCAAUAUCCCGAGCAGCAACAGGAACAGGACUUCAACCGCUGGCCUCGCUGCACAGGCGGCUGCCUCUGCUUCAGUCGACGUGGUCGAGCCAGGAUUGAUGAAGCCACAUCCAUUGACAUGCCUUUCUGAGGCUCAUGCAUUGACCAUCAUGGAGUAAUAUAUUGAAAGUAAAGACCUGUGGAUUCAGUAGGUUUUGAAGCUCCUGAUUGCACUGAACCUGAUGUAGAUUGAUGAAGGCUGUUUGUUGGUGUCUGCUUCCCAGGACAGCUUUAUUUUACAAUGGCCUGUCAGCUACAUUGAGGUUAUCAGGAUGUAAGAGGCUUUUUGUGCCUCCUCAGACCUCAUCCUGAGCAUUGUCCUAUUUCAGGGAGUGAACAACAUCUUUGCAGAUUAUUAACCACAUCUGAUUUAUUCGGACACUGAGGAUGUCAGCUUACCAUCUACAGCCUUGAGUCAUGGUCCUUAUGCCAUUUGGGACUCUAGUUUUGCAAUUCACCAACUACAACAACAAAAUUGGACUGAAAAGAACAGAUGGAUAACUGUCUCCAGAAAAUUAUAUAUCUACCAUCAAAUAUUUUUCAGAAAGUAAUGCUUUCCCGAGCUUUGCUUCAUGUGGACUGACAAAGUUCAUGGAUUUGCUGUUUCCAUAUCCUUCUGCUUUGGCCUUAUCAUUUACACCAGAUUCAUGUGAAUGAAGAUGCUUGUUGGACUGCUAGCUUAAGAGAAUAACUGUCAGUGUUUAACAGCUAUCUGCAUUGUGUGAACACCAUAUGUUUUAUGAAGUUGGAUAACUAAAGGUUUGCUGUCACUUGAGACACCAAGUAGGAAUCUAAUCUUACUCAUCCACUGAUUACACCAUUACGACAAGGCAGAGAUCUAAGACCUUGUCUGUCAGGAACGGAUACAGAUAUACGAGGACUGAGGAAGCCAUACAAGAUGUCUGAGUGCCAGAUGAUACCAGGUGACCAGCAGGAUAGACUGUAGGAGUAGGAAAUACAUGUCAUGUUACAAGAUUACCCAUGAUUCAAGAUCAUUGACCAUUGGUCCCCAACACCAUGCCCAGCUCACUUUGGACUGACUUGAUACCAUUGAGGGAAAAUUGGGGAAAAAUAGUGUCAUCCAAGUAAUUACUGUGUUAAAUGUUUCACUACUGACAAUUUCGAGAGACAAUGAAAAGCUUAACAGUAUUGCUCUGGCUAUAGCAUCAGUGGUACCUUCAUCACUGUCCCUUUUGAAGUAUUUUUUUAAGGUUUUUAAGGUAUUGAUAUGAUUGGAUUUGCUGCAUGAUCUUCAGGCAGAUAUUUGGUGAUGACAUGUUUGGAGUGGCAGACAUGGUUGAACCUUUGUUAACAGAAUCUGCAUUUGUCCUCUGUUAUCUGUUCACAUAGUAAGUCUGUGUUUUCGAAGAUUAAGAGCAAGUGGUCAUGUUCAGCGAUGAGUAAUAUCAGUACAUUGAACAAUUUCGUUUGGUUUUUUGAAUCACUGGCAACUCUCACCUUGCAGAAGGUUUUAUAGUUUCAUUUUUGGUAUCAGAGUCAGUAACUUGAUACAGCCAUUUUAAAUCCAUGUUGAACUUUGAGAUUCAAGAAGAGAGUCCUGAUGUGAUGUUUCAAGGUCAUUGGAACCAGUGACCUCUAAUAAGGAGCCAGAUUUACUAGUGUUAUGCAAGAUCAGGAGUUCCAGAAGUAGCAUCUUCAACAUUUGUGAUUCCAGGAGCAAAAUUGUCAACAUUUGUGGUUCCAUGAGUGAAAUCGUCAGCAUUUGUGGUUCCAGCAGUAACGUCAUCAACGUGUGGUUCCAGGAGCAACAUCAUCAACAUUUGUGACUUCAAGAUUUGCGUGGAUGGAUGACAAUGGAAGAACACUGGAACAAGUUGAGGAUUUUAAGGAUGUGGUUAGUGCUGACCAUCCUGAAUGUAAUAUCCAUGCUGGCAAAAUACAAUCUGGUGAGAUGCUGGAUCUCAACACAGGAACCAGUUUAGGAUUUUAAGGAGUUGAAGCAUUGCCCAUUCUCAUUGUGUCCAUCAGACUAAUGCGUGUUGGAUAAUACCAUCUUGGGAAUCAUUUCACACAAUCGGGAUGUACAUCACAUUACUUAUUCAUCUGCCAUUUUGUGCUAAUUUUGUACAUGGUCUGCUACUGACAUCUAUAAAAUAUUCUCAUGUUGGUUGUACAGCCAUGGUCACUGAGAUAUGUAAUGUCUGUGAAUGACUUGGGUCAGCUGCAAUGGUGUAGUGGUAGCUUGUUAACAAUUCAUACACAGGUUGGUGUAUUGUAUAAGCUGUAGUGUUGUAAGAUACAAUAGAUAUAAUUAUACAUUAACACUGAUAUGGAUUAUUUGGGGAUAUAUGUACAGCUAUUCAGUUUUGUUACAAUGGAUAUGUGUUUGUAGUGCAUCAUAAAAUGACCAUUUAAAAACUGAAUUAAAAAAAGCAUUAUUUUAUUGGAUUGAGAGGUUUGUGAAGAGGGUGCAUAUUUUGUUAAACAUUAGUUUGUUUUCUUGUCAUUGUUGAAGUCACAGAUCUGAUUUUGUUUUAUGAUGUAUAUAUAUAUUAUCCUACAUCCAUUUUAAUUUAUCAUAUGUACAAAAUAUGUUGUAUGCAUUUCGUAGAUGAUUUAAUAAUUUUUCUUGUAGCAGACAAUCUACAGGACAAUCCAGAAGAUACCCAGAGAUCCUAGCUAUCAGUGUUUGUCCUGGCGAAGAGAAAACGUCAACAGCAUAUAGAAGAGCAAGAAUACAAUAACUACUUUCUUUUUAACUUUAUAAACCAAGGGACUAUAUUUUAGGACAAGCUAUAAUUUCGAAUAUAUUUACAAAUGUAUAUGAUGGUUUGUUAACUAAGCAUUUAUUUAUUAUGCUUUUGACAUUUUGAAAAUAAUGAAGCAAAGUGUAGUCAAAAGAAAGAUUAGAAUUUGCUUUAUGUGUUCAAGUAGCUACCAGCUGCCAUUUGAUAUUGAUACAAGUGAUGAUUGUACAUAGACUUAAGUCACAGAAAAACAAUUUGUGUCAUUACUUUCCAUUUUGAAUGACUUGUGACAACAUUUCUUUGGUGUCAUGUCACAUGACUAGAGUUGAUUGUGUCACAUGACUAGAGUUGAUUGUGCGAUAUGUCACAUGACUAGAGUUG